CUGAGUGGCGGUCAGAAGGCUCGCGUUGCGCUGGCGAGGGCGUUGUACGCGCGCAGGGAUAUUUACCUUUUAGACGACAUUUUCAGUGCAGUCGACCAGGAGGUGGCGCAGCACGUGUUUCAUCACGCAGUUCUCAAGGCGUUAGCAGAUAAGAUGGUCAUUCUGGUUGUCAGUGACGAGAGGUUUCUUUCAAUGUGCGCUAAAGUGAUCUUCCUGAAAGACGGUGCGAUCUACGAUCAAGGGACUCACAAGGAACUACUCGAUCGAUGUGACGAGUACGCGCUGUUCUGUGCCAACUCUCGUAUGAACAUGCAGUGCCCAAAUAGCGUUGAGAAUGACACGUUCGAUGAACUUUUACCGGUAGUGGAUCAACCAGAACAGGUGGAGAUGUUGGAAGACGGCAUAGUCGAAGUGAACGAAAAAACAUGCUCGGAUAAGUUGAUUCCAACUCAGGACGGACACCUGAUCGAGUCUGAGGAGGACCUGAUGCUUGCAGGCUUGUCAUGUACUGUCUACAAAUCCUACUUUGUUGCGAUGGGCGGCUCGUUUUACGUUGCGCUUGUGUUGUUAACUUUUGUAGCGUACGUUGCUUCCACCACAUUUUCCACCGUGUGGCUAUCCUUCUGGUUACGCAAAAGUCACCCGGAUUAUAUAGUAAUCAUUUACUUCCUGGCCGACUUCCUUUUCAGUGGUCUACAACUCUUUUUGCAGACACUGCAGUUCUCUGACAGCACCGGUAACGAUUCUUCAAACAGAUCUGUAUUUACGGCCGAAGAAGCUAGCUAUUUCGCAGGCGUAUAUGGCAGCUCAGUGUUGUUCAUCAUCUCCACAACACUCAUAAAGGCGUACAUUUUUAUCAAGGUCACGCUAAACGCAUCUACGUGGCUCCACAAUCAAAUGGCUUCCUCGGUCAUGCACAGUAGCAUGAAGUGGCUGGAUAGCACGCCAGUAGGUCGGAUAAUCAACCGGUUUUCUAAGGAUAUGGAUGAAGUCGACACCAAAAUUCCGUUCAACUUUGAGGCCUUUUUCCAAAACUGCCUGACUAUUAUCGCCUAUUUCAUCGUUAUUUCUUGGGUAUUUCCAUGGUUUCUGGUAGCAUCCUUGCCGUUGCUCGUCGUUUUCGGUUUACUGGUAGCUUGUUUCCGUUCGGGGAUGCGAAACUUGAAACGAUCUGAGAACAACUCUCGCUCGCCGCUCUUCUCCUUUAUCGACAGUGCAAUCGCCGGAAAGACAACCAUACAUUCGUUCGAUGCCUCCAGUCGCCACACUGACAAACUAAAAGUCUUACUCGAUGAAAACAACGGUUGGAUGUUCAUGUUCCAGUCAGCCAUGCGAUGGCUCGCCGUCUGGCUCGAUCUGCUGGUGGUCGCUGUCUCAGUGAUUGUUUCAUUGUUCAUGAUCAUCUUUACUGGCCGAAUCGAGCCAGCUUACGCCGGAUUAGCACUCACGUUUGCCAUUCAAAUGAGCGGUAUUUUUCAGUUCGCCGUUCGAAUGCACGCAGAGUUGGAGACAAAAAUGAUAUCGGUCGAACGGAUUAACCAUUAUAUCAACGUGAUUUCUUUUCAUCCUACCAACGUCGAUCGAGAUCCAGAGUGGACUAACAGCGUGGCAAAGCUGCCUAAAGAUUGGCCACCUUCCGGAAGCAUCAACUUCCAGAAUUCCCGUUAUGUGUUAACGGUGUUUAGGCUCAACUAUCGUGACAACAAAAUCGCUGCAUUGAAAGACAUUUCCUUGUUUAUCCCUUCGAAAGAAAAAAUCGGUAUUGUUGGCAGAACCGGUUCAGGCAAAUCGACCUUAGCUGCAGCUCUGUUUCGCUUAUAUCCACUGACAUCAGGUCAUAUAUUCGUUGAUGGUUGUGACAUUGGCCACAUCGGUCUGCACGACUUGCGUAAAAAUUUCGCUAUUGUACCACAGGACCCGGUUCUUUUUUCUGCCUCCCUUCGCUUUAACCUUGAUCCAGCCGGCAUAAGCAGCGACGAUGCUCUGUGGACGGUGUUGGAACACACGUACUUAAAGCCGCUGGUGCUCACAUGGAAUGCCGGACUCGACACCAUGCUGUCAGAAAGCGGAGUCAGCCUGUCCGCCGGACAACGGCAGUUACUAUGCAUGGCUCGCGCGUUAUUGCGUGAUGUGAAGAUAUUUCUUUUGGACGAGGCUACGGCUAGUCUGGAUUCUGAAACUUGUCGUCUGAUUCACAUGUGCGUUGAGAAGCAGUUUCAGAAUUCGACGGUCAUCAUCAUCGCCCACCGACCAAGCAGUAUUCUUAGUUGCAACACCAUAGUCUUCAUGUCCAACGGCCGAGUAUGUGCUAACGUUUAUCAAUUAAUAAUAGCCGUCCAUGAUUUUUUUACUUUCAGAUUGUUGAAACUGGCAGCAAAGAUGUUUUACUUCGAAACCAUGGAAGUCGCUUAUACAAGCUCUUGA